AUGUCAACAGAUUUUGUCAAUGACCCAUCUGAAAUGAAAUUUAGAGGCACUUUUUCAUACAAAAACGACAAUAUAAGUGUUGUCGAAUUUGGCAACAAUGUCAACAUGAGAAUCGAAAAAAUAAGUCCUAACAUCGCAAAAAUUUAUUUUGUGGAUGAUCAAGGGAAUAGCAUUCAAAUUCCGAAUAAUGUCGCUCUUAAAGAUACUCUCAAUAACUUUAAUGAAACGCCUCAAGUAGUUAAUGGGUUUGGAACCUAUUUUGUCUCUUGGAUUUCUAACUAUGUGUUACUGCAGAAUGAUGUUGCAGUUUUUAUAUUAAAGAACCAACAACAACAAUCAAUAGAAGGAGUGGAUGGGUUUAGAUACUCUACUAUUGAGCAAUAG